AUGGAUGCCGCCUCCAUCACCGGCCGACCCCUGAGGGCCGUCACGGCUCCCAGCGCCUCCUGCUCCCUCACAAAACGGCGGCCGCGCACGGCCCAGCAGCCACGCUUCUCUCCCUCAGCAGCGCCGGACAAUUCCGCCACACGGGUCUUUGAAUCAAACGAAGAAUCAGGCCAUCUUAUCCUUACUAUAAUUGUAUCUGGACAUUUCUUUAUUUCCCAAGGACGAACAGUACUGGAAGGCUUUUCAUUACUUGAUUCCCACAAGUGGUUAAAGAUAGUAAGAAGAGUAGACUGCCUGCUCCUUUGUGCACAGUCAAAGCAGAAUGAGAGCCGCCUGUUCCGUGUUCAGUUUGGGGGAGAUUCCCAGGAGGAGAUGCUGGGACACUGCAGCAGUUGUGUGCAGAAGCUUGGGGAGUAUCUACCAGUUGAAGUGGCUGAGGAGCAAAGCCAGCAGCUCUGCCACAGCCUCGGGCAGGCUGGCAGUCAAAACCAGGUGAAGGACCCUGACCAAAAUGCAUCUGCACUGCACAUACCAGAUGAGCCUCUACCAGCUUCCUGCUCCAGCCUUGGAGAAAGAAGAUCUGUCACACAGCUAGCACAGUGGGUGCUGAGCAGGAAUCCUGAGCUCCCCCUCCUGCAGCAGCAGGCGGCCUGGCGGGCACAGGAGCUGGGGCCCUUCAUCCGCUUGUGCCUCCUGGACCAGAACUUCCCAGCUUUUGUGGAAGAUGUGGAGAAGGAAUUGAAAAAACUCACAGAAGGCUGA